AUGUACUACUAUCCGCCGUUUCGCAGUCAUAUCCAGCUACCUGGCACGAAAAGUGGGGAACAGGGAACUCCGAGUGGCGUCCGUGCCACUUGGGAUGGACUGCUUCAGUGUGUUGCAAUGGUUCCUGGCCUGGACGAAUACACCGAGAAAUAUGGAGAAGAGUUCAAGCAAACAAACAUGGCUGACUUCGUGAAGUGCAGGGAGUUCCUGCGCAAGUAUAGGUCAGUCGAGCAUGUUGAUGCCAGCGAUAUUGACCAAGACCCCAGCAUCUUCUUGACUCCACGCCGCUUUACAGGAAGGAGCGCACAGUGGUUGACUUCCGUAUCCUGCUGUGGACAUGGCUUGGGGCAGGUCACCUCUUUGCGGGGGAUGGCUACACAAGAAACGAAAGGGGUGAAAAGGGUAGCUCCGAAUUCCUGA